GUGUGUGAUGAGGCGGUCCUACUAUCACUGCUUGAAUUUAUUGGCCGCCAUUGAAUCUGAUGCUGAAAUCGCUGAAAUAGGGUAUAAAUUGUGACCUGAUCGGACCGACAUAGUACCAUAUUUGGUAACAAUAGGGUGCCGUCAGUGUCGAAUUCUUCAUAUCUACUUGGAAUGUCGCACGCAUCCACAGCACCUCGCCAGAACUAGCUUAGCAUCCCGACGAAAUUUGUUGCCACCCCCGAGAAAAUAAAUAUAGAAGUUAAUGCCAAAGUUUACGGUCCAUAACUCAGUGCAGAUCCAGUAGCCCAACCAGUAGAGAGCGUUCCAGUAGGGUUCGUUAGGAUCGGGUUGGCGGACCGUCGACUCGUAAAUGCGUUUCGGACAUGAGCAGAGGAGUCGCGACCAACUCAUUCUCGACGCUGUGUACGAUCAUCGCGCGGUGACAGAUAAAGACGCAUAAUGGCAGUCUCAACGAAGACCUUCCGAAUCAUUAGUCUGAUUGUGGGCGUGAUUUGCAUGACGUACGGCGGAUCUGGCUAUCUGUUCAGCGUCUACACGAAUGCUGUCAGGAAGAAAUACAAUUACACGCAAUUGGAGGUGGGGGUGAUGUCUGGUACUGCCAAUUUCGGAGCCGUAUCGAUCUUCCUUCCGGGUAUCUCCGUUGAAAAGCUUGGCGUCAGGCCCACGGCAGUAUUCACCAUCCUGUUAUCAUUAUCCGGCUACUUGUUGUUAUGGAGUGCAACGAAGAUGGUGGCAUUCUAUAAAUUUCAUUCCUGGCUUCAAGAUAUAUAUUUUUUCCUGGCAUAUCUCAGUGGUGUAUAUAGUUACGUUAUCGCCUUGGUCCCAAAUGUGGCAAACUUCCAUCCCAAGUACCGAGGCACGAUCGUUGGUCUUCUCGACGCUACGUUUAGCGCAGGAACGAGUAUCUUCGUCGCCAUCUACGGAAAAUGCUUCGUGCACUCUAACACCGACGAUGAAGAAAAUCAAGAUAUUGGAGAUUUCUUCUUGACUCUUGCAAUACUUGGUGCUGUGACAAGCAGCUUGGGCUUCUGGUUUCUUGGCUACUACAAGGUGGAGGAUAUCUCACAAGAUUAUGUCGAUCUCGACGGCAAGGAAACGCCAGCGGAAGAAUUACUUGCCAAAGAACCGGUUGCGGAUAUAACUACAUCGAAAACACUUUUGGUAGAUCAGCUUACUUGGUGUGACCUUAUCAAGGACGUCGACCUCCAGUUGCUAUUUUGGAUGUUUUUAUUGAUCAUUCCAGUAGUUGGAAUGUAUUUACAGAACGUCAGCGUUUAUCUAAAAUCAUUCCAAUUUCAAGAAUACAGUACUCUCUUCAACAUCUUGCUCCCAGUGUUUGCUGUUGUAGGAAAGUUUUUCGGCGGCGUGAUAUCAGAUUUAUUAGUCCACAUUAUCCCACGUACGGGUAUCUUACUUGUCAACAACUUGCUGUUACUCCUGAUGGUGUCCACUUGUAUUUUCCUGGCAGACAAUUACUAUGUCCUUCUCAUCACUACAGUGGUUGUUGGGCUAAAUUUUGGUUCAAUUUACACUCUGACGCCAACUCUCUUUGUGGACUACUUUGGACUAAAGUAUUUCCCCCGAACUUGGGGCGCGUGCGCUACACUGGGUGGUGUCGUGGCGCUUCUGUUACAGGGUUUGUUUGGUGUAUUAUACGACGCAGCCGCAACUGACUCGGGUGAGAAAUUUUGCUAUGGCACAAAGUGCUUCGAGUGGAGUUUUUUCGUGGCAGCCAUUUUGGUUUUAGGUGGCGUGAUUUGUAACGUCUGCUUGAUCAAAAGCCGAAGCAGAUAACGGAUUAACAGGGAAUGACAAAUUCCAUUGUGAAAUUCGAGGAAACCUUAAUCAUCUAUGUUCGAAUGAAACCGCGCAAGGAAUCCUUCUGCUUACCGUACAUUUUAUAGCAUCAUGAUGUGAUGAUAACAAUUAUUCACACAAGAAGGAAACAUGUGUAGAGGACGGGUAGUUGGAGUAGAUGACAUUUACUUGUCACUGGCCUUUUGCUGUUGUUCCUUGUGUAUCCAUAAUAUGGUUAGGAGAUUUCCGCUUCGAAUCAUGGCCGCCAAUAACUAUCCAAGGUCAUUUUAGCAUCGUAGCCGAGUAUUAACGUUAGCUCAUGGCUCAAAUCCAUAAGUCGUUUUUUCUCUUCACGAAAAGUGCACCUUUUUUGUGAAUGUUCUUAGAAGCAUAGGAGCCCAAAGAAUUUUAAAAAAACUACGACAAGUCUGACCAAAAUGUGUCUUCGUCCCAUUCGUACGGACAUAUCUCGGGGUCUCCAACUCCUCAUCCACUUAGCGAACACUUUGGGGACACGUGAGGUCCGCCAUGUUUGGUGGAUGAUUUAAGGGAUACCAGAGGGCACUGUCAUCAAUGGUGGGACGGGCGGUUCGCAACCUCUAUAUUCUCCAAGGACGAUUUACUUUAGUAGUGCUGAAUUUAGGAACCUCAAAAGUUUUAUGCAUUUUGCUGCCUUCUUUCAAGACAGCGGUCCUGUUGUGACUUGCUCCUCCUAUUGGAGACAUUUUUGAUUCGUCAUUGUCCAGUGCUGACCCAGUUAUUGCAUGUGAUCCAAAUACUUUGAAAGCAAAUAUAUAAGUUUUCCGGAACGUUUUCCUUAACGUUAACUCGACCACCUUUACUGGAGAAAUGAGCGUUUCACAGUUUCUCAGUUUUCGAUGGUAGCUGAGGUUCAGAGUCUUGAUAUGUAAGCACUCGGAGAGAGUCCAUCGAUGGAGGAAGAUGAUAGACAUGAUGAGGAUGAAUGUCACGAUGUAGGCUGUCACACAGAAGAACAUGCACUUUGGUCGAACUCUCAGACAUCCUGACAUUG